GAGGCCGCUGGCUUGAGCUCCUGCCGCAGAGGGAGGCGGGGAGCCAGACGCACCGCUCCCCUCCCCGCGCGGGCUGCGGCCGCUGCCAGGAUGCCUCGGGAGCGCGGCGGCGGCGGCGGCUGGUGGCUGCUCCCCGCGCUGCUGCUCCUGCCGCCGCUUUGCGCGCCGGCUUUGGCUAUAAGUGUAGCUGCUGAAGAUGCAGAGGAACAGAUUGAGCAACUGGUAUCACAGGAGUCUGGAAAAAGUGGAAAAUCAAAUCAAAUAAACAUAGAAUUACAAGAAAUUGUAUUUGUCAUCCAGAGUCAGAGUAACUCGUUUCAUUCAAAAAGAGCAGAAGAUUUAGAGCGCAAUAUUUUAAAACAGGCUGAAGAGCUUGGAAAGGAAUUACCUAGAAUUCUGCUUAUUCAUCAGAUGGAUAGACAUGAUGGUGCAUGGACUAUACUACCAUUAAUGCAAGACUUCUCUGCUUCCUAUGGUAGAAACUCCUCAUGGAUUUUCUUCUGUGAAGAAGAUACAAGAAUACAAAUUGUUAAACUGCUGGAAACACUUAGAAGAUUUGACAAGUCUAAGGAAUGGUUCUUAGGAAAAGCAUUAUACGAUGAAGAAUCUACAAUAAUACAUCAUUAUGCCUUUGCUGAAAAUCCUACAGUCUUUAAAUUUCCAGAUUUUGCUGCUGGCUGGGCACUUAGCAUUCCACUUGUAAACAAGCUUGCAAACAGGCUGAAGAGUGAACCACUUAAGUCAGACUUUACAAUAGAUUUAAAACAUGAGAUUGCAUUAUAUAUUUGGCAGAAAGGCAAUGGACCGCAUCUUACUUCAGUGCCUGAGUUUUGUACGGAUGACUUAAACUCAUAUAAGGCUGUUCACUGUGCCACAAUGUUCAGUAACUUCCUACCAGUUUGUGGAGACCCAGUGAAGAAAGAGGAUAUCUUUGUUGCUGUAAAAACAUGCCGAAAAUUUCACAGAGACAGAAUACCGAUUGUAAAGCAGACCUGGGAAGGUGAGGCUGCCCUUGUUGAAUAUUAUAGUGAUUAUGCAGAGAUCUCCAUUCCUACUAUAGAUUUAGGAGUACCUAAUACUGAAAGAGGUCAUUGCGGGAAGACUUUUGCCAUUUUGGAAAGAUUUUUGAAUCACAGCUCUUCCAAAACACCGUGGUUAGUCAUUGUGGAUGAUGACACCUUAAUAAGUAUCUUUAGGCUGCGGAAAUUACUCAGCUGCUAUGCCAAUGAACCAGUGUUUCUUGGAGAGCGUUAUGGCUAUGGAUUGAACAGAGGAUAUAGUUAUAUCACUGGCGGAGGAGGGAUGGUUUUCAGCAGAGAAGCAAUCAAAAAACUACUUGCUAGUAAAUGCCAGUGUUACAGCAAUGAUGCUCCUGAUGAUAUGGUCCUUGGAAUGUGUUUCAGUGGUUUAGGAAUCCCCAUAACACACUGUCCACUUUUCCAUCAGGCAAGGACCAGUGGACUAUCCAAAGGACUACCUUGCUCACCAAAUUCCAAUAUCAUUUCACAAGCAUUGGAAACGUUGAUCCAGUCCAGGUGUAUUUCACAUGGCUGGCACCAAAGGUGGAAGAUUCAUUUACUGAAAAGAAACAGAGACUAUUAGGGAAGAUUAUAAUAUAUAAAAUAUUUUAAAUCUCAGUAAUGUACUGCAGAUUAGUGGAUACAGGCUGUUCUGUAGUUUUGGUGUUGUGUUGUACUACUUUCCCUGCAUUAUUGCAUAGAACACUGAAUGUUUCAAUCCAGUACGUGUUACACUUGUUAGAAAAGAAAGAAGGGAACCAGCUUGAUUGUGGUGUGUGUGGUGUGUGUGUGUGUGUGUGGUUGUGUGUGUGUGUG